AUGAAAGCUGUCGUAUUAUGGCUCUUGAUAGCCAUCCAGAUUGCUGGAGCCCAGAAAGACUAUCCAGUGAGUUAUUUAUGAACUUCUUUUUGAUAAUUUUCUCAGGCGACAUUUCGAAAUUGGGUUGGAAAGGCAGACGCGGAAAUCUCUGCGGUCGAACCUUCGAAAGGAUGCAAAACGAAUGGAGAGUGUGGCCAGAAUCAGUUCUGCGAUUUUGUCUUUGCCAAUGGAAUAAAAGAGCAACGUCAACGGUGUUUCAACGGUCAGUCUUCACUCUCUUUUUGCAAUCAGAGAGAUUUUUCAGUACCCGCUAUAGUCGGUGAGGUUAAAAUUGGUGCGGCAAUCGGGAUAGGCUUGAAACUUUGUUCUUCGCUGAAGGAUUGUGACAAGCCUGAUGCCUGCUACCCUCUGGCCCAAGAAGUUCAUGACCCCGCGACAAACAACCUUUUCAAGGGCGUUUGUUCGAAAAGUAGUAUCUUUCAGCAAAAACUGUACUCAAGAUUGCUUUUCCAGUUGUUGUCACUGAGGAUCCUGGAGAAAUCCUGGGAGAGCCUUGUGAAAAGCCAAAUGCCUGCACGGAAGACCAAUUCAGAGAGUACAGAAUGAAUUACGGAGUGUGAGUCUCUGAUGUCCGAGAAGACAGAAAUCAAUUCAGUGAAUCAUUUUCGAGAAGAAAGAAGAAGAAGCUGACAAAAUUCAAUCACUGUUUGAAGAGAACCCUCAUAAAUUUGUCAAACUGCCGUUUUAGUUUGCGGUUGGGAAUUUUCUCAAACUUGGCUAGAGCACUUCUUGAUGUACCAGAAGGAGAUUCUGGAAGUCUCAACCAGCACAAAUUCCUCGUUUUUGAGAAAAGACGACUCAAAAUCCAUAAAAAUAGGAUAUAUUGAGGACUUGAGCUCUUAUUUCUCGAAAACUAGGAAGUUUUGCAAGUUGAGACUCUCAGGAUCUUUUUCUGGUACUUCAAAGAUUCAAGAAGUGUUCUGGCCAAUUUCCAGGAAAUUCCCAAACACAAAGUAAAAUGAGACUUGAAAUGCGAGAGAGACGAGACGCGUAGCGUGUGCGUACGCGGUUCUUGGCACGAGUCCAAUUCAAGCGCACUGACUAUUCAAAAAGCUCCGUCACCGCUCUGUCUUAUAUAUGUUUUAUCAUUCUUCAAUGCACACAUGAAAAAAAAAAUCAAUGAAUAAUCAAAAAAGAAAUGAAAAGAGCGAUAAACGAGCUCUCGAAAUAGUCGCUGGCGGUUGAACCGCGUACGCACACGCUACGCGUCCCGCCCCUCGCGUCGCCUUUCAAGUCAGGAAAACUGACUAUUCCACAUGAUAUAGUCUGCGUGCCACGACUUGAAAUUUCACCGAACGACAUUCCGUGUGUUCGCGAAGCGUCUUUCCAAUCUAGGUCACGCUUUCAAUAGGUUUUUAUUGCUGUGGGAGCACAUGAAAGUAGAGUACCUUGAUCAAAGAAAAAUUGAAAAUUGAAAGCGCGACCAAGGUUCGCAAAGGCGCGCCGCGGAAUGUCGUUCCGUGAAAUUCCAAGUCGUGGUACACAGACUAUAAAUAAUCUAUAAUCUGAAAUCUUCUUCUUUUUCUUACGCCUUUGUACCGCUUGAGCGGCUUCGGCGCCCCAAGUCGAUUAGCCGAGGUCCUAUCCUGAUAUCAGUGGACUGGCUCCAGUGACAUAUCCGUCCUUGUGUGUGACGGCUGAUGAUUAUGAAGCCGUGGUUUCCCACUACCAACAUUUCUUAAACCCCUUGGUUGGGUCGGGGCGGGGAUCGAACUUGUGACCCUGUGGACCGUAGGCAGGCACACAGCCUGUUGCGCUACGGCGCGCCCCAAUCUAUAAUCUGAAACGAACGAUUCAAAUUUCAGUAGAGGCUGUAAAAAGUUCGACGCAAACGUUUUCAUCUCCCAAGGCCGAGGAGUAUGUCUUCAAGGUUGAAGAAGAGAUUUCUUCUUGAACAUUAUUGUUUUGCAGCACAGGUUUAUUGUCCGAGCAAACUGAGGGCGGGUCAACCGUACUAUAAUGAGUACGAAAUUUGUAUCAAGGAAUCCGAAAUAACAGAAAACAGUGAUGUGGGAACAAUUUGUUGUCGUGAGUAUAACCUGGAAAAUUCGAAGUUUCAACUUUUUUUUCAGCUAUUCCGUUCUCAGAUACCGUAUACUGGGGUGACGUUGGUCGCUCAAAUAAGAUUCCGCGAGGAUACGAAGAAAAUAACGGCACCGGCAGGCUCUGCGAGAAGAGCGAAUCUUGCAAAGCCGACGAAUUUUGCGACGACUCUUUGAACUUUUUGAACGGUGUUGAAGCCAAGGAUACUUCUGGACCCAACAGAGAUCCGUUGCGUUUUUGUUACUCAGGUUGAACGAUAAAAAUGAGAAUUUACUACUCACUACGAUUUCAGUUCCAUUCAAACACUUCUUUACGUAUGAAAAUAAUGAAAAGAAGUUUUGUUCGAGCCACGACGACUGUGGUCGUGGCGCUAUGUGUGAAGAGAUUGCCUUGCACGAUGAUUCCCCGAAGCCAUUCCUUGGAUUUUGCGUGGAAGGUUCUUCAAAAAACAAAAACGCACGAUCUCACUAGGAAACGUUUUUUUACCUCCCCGGUUGAACUUUUGCUGAAACUUUGCUGAAGUGUACUUUAGGAGCCCCUGAUUCCAGAACAUGGAAAAAAUCUCUCGCAAUAGAUCUCGUUUUCGAGUUAGGACACUUCAAAAUCCCGAAAUAGCACUUUUUUUGGCCUAACUUGCGUAUUUUGCGGACUUUGAAGCUCCAUAACUCGGAAACAAGAUCUAUUGCGAGAAUUUUUUUUUCUUGAUCUGCAAUCAGAGGGUCCUGAAGAACACUUCAGCAAAGAGCAAAAGUUCAAGUAAAAAAAGUUCCCUGAUUAGGAAAAAGGAGAAACAUGAGAGAACGCCUUAAAAGUUUUAGAGACAGUCCAGUGUAAUCCGAGCAUGUCAGAACAUGAUCUAGUUCAAAAAUUGUUUCCUAGAUUUUUUUUUUUUACAUCACAUGAUAAUGUCCUAAUUUCCCCUAUUUUGAAAAAGGGGUUGAUGUUUCGUUCAAUCUUUUCUGAAUCAACUUUCCGUAGCUUCGAAAAAACUGAAAGAAUUUUUCGAUUUGAACGAUUCAUCACAUCGUUUUCAAUCACGAUAAAUUUGAAGACAAACGCUUACCGCCGGCUUUCGAACCGACAACAGAAGAAGAGCCAACAAGCUCAGAGGAAAACGAUCUGGAGGAUUUAAUUGACGAGGACGAUCUCACCGCUACCGCUUGUUUUUCAAACUUUUCCAAGUUAUGCUUAUUAAUCAUGAUAUCUACUACACAGUUUUGGGAAUAAACGUUGAAUUUUAUUUUAUUUUUUUCGAAUGAAAUCCCUUUUUGAAAAAGAUAGUUGGGCUAUAGCCACAGCUCCUGCCGCCGUUUAAAACACAGUUAAAUCAAUAAAAGUCGAUUGCACAUGUAUUCUCACAUUGAAGAUGCAAUAAACAGUUUUUUAUAGCCAUAGAUAGGCAAGUACAGAACUCUUUCUGGCCGAGAGGAGGGGUUGGUUCACAAAAAUAUUUCGAAAAAUCGGGAAUAUAACAAAGUUUCAACCUCUGGGAGGUAGUUUCGGCCAAAAUGAUACAACCUCAGUGAGGUGGUAUAGCUGAUUCACGGCUGGCUUGAGCCAUCAAAAAAAGGGUCCUGACACGAUAAUGCACGAGAUAGUGCCUGGAUCGUGAAGAGUGCGGAGAGACCAAGCCCCUUAGCGUCCCAAGCUAGCCGUGAAUCAGCUAUAAAACUUGGGAGGAUGGGUCGACGGCCUUUAAGAAUGGCCUGUUCAUUUGAAACUUUGAAACUUUAUUCAGUCUUCAGAGAAGGUACUCUGCUGAAUCAUGGAAUAUUUGAAGAGUUGUUUGUCGGUUUGCGAAACUGUCGUUAAUCAAACGUAGACGGCGCGUAGAGCAUCUCGUCUUUCUUGUGAUAGUAGUAGACGACUUUCGAGCGUUUCCGACGAUCACUGCUUCUCCAUGUAGGAACCGUACGGCGCCCAGUUUGUCCAGGGCUGACGGGCGUCGGAUUAAAUCUCAGACGAGAGCGGAAAUGAAGACCGACCACUCGGGUGGUAGAAAUGAGAUAAUAAUAAUAAUAAUAAUAAUAAUAAUAAUAAUAAUAAUAAAAAAAUGGCCUGUUCAUGUAUGGCUAUAACUUCUCUCUUCUUCCUUUUUUGAACCGCGUCAGCUUGUGGUUUUCGACUACCACCAUUUCCUCAACCCCUUGGUCGCGACGGGGAUCGAACUCGUGACCUUUUAGACCGUGAAAAAGCACACAACCUGUUGCGCUACGGUGCGCUGCCUAGUUGGGCUCUAACGUACUUUUGAAAAGACAAUGGGGUCAUCAUCUGUGAGCGAAAUAAACAUUCAUUUCAUUCAUUCAUUCAUCAUUGUAUAUGACUUCAGGUAAGAUGUCCUCGAAGUUUUUUCAAUGUUUGAUGAUUUUUGAAACGGUGAUUAACUGAACUUUCCAGGAACAAUACUAUCAGAGGUCGAAAUGAAAUACUGUUCAGUAAAGCAUACAGUUCUUCUAAAGUAUGUUCAAAUUAUGAAUGUCGAGUCAUCUCUCAAUCUCCGCCAAACCAAUUAGGAAGCGAGCCUGUUCGACAAAAAAGAUAUCUGAACAAAUUGAAAAAUCCUAUGAGCUUUGUUACACAAACUCAAUGUCAGUCAUCAGGUUAUCCCAAGUCCCAAGUCGUUUUGAGGAAAAAAAAGUUCAUCGAGAAAAGAAAAAAACCAUUCGGCAGGCGCCUAAGACGAAACUGUAAUCUUUCCACAUCCACAGUCCUCCCUAAUCAUGGAAACUUGAAAAGUCCAUUCAAAUUUGAAAUUGAAAAGCUUUAAAAAAACUUGCCGUGCUCAAGAAACGGUAUCAUGUCCCUUUCUUUGCUUAAACCCAUGAACUCAUUUCACGUAAAGAUUCGAAAAAUGAGCCAGUUAAAGAGCUCAGUCAGACAUUUCUUUCGCUGAAAGAAAUCUUUCUGGUCAUGAAAGCUGUCGUAUUAUGGCUCUUGAUAGCCACCCAGAUUGCUGGAGCCCAGAAAGAUUAUCCAGUGAGUUAUUUAUGAACUUCUUUUUGAUAAUUUUCUCAGGCGACAUUCCAAGAAUGGGUUGGAAAGGCAGACGCGGAAAUCUCUGCGGUCGAACCUUCGAAAGGAUGCACAACGAAUGGAGAUUGUGGCCAGAAUCAAUUCUGCGACUUUGUCUUUGCCAAUGGAAAAAAAGAGCAACGUCAACGGUGUUUCAACGGUUAGUCUACACUCUCUUUUUGAGAUCAGAGAGCUCUUUCAGUACCCGCUAUAGUCGGUGAGGUUAAAAUUGGUGCGGCAAUCGGGAUAGGCUUGAAACUUUGUUCUUCGCUGAAGGAUUGUGACGAGCCUGAUGCCUGCUACCCUCUGGCCCAAGAAGUUCAUGACCCCGCGACAAAUAACCUUUUCAAGGGCGUUUGUUCGAAAAGUAGUUGAUCUUUCAGCGAAAGCUUCGCUCAAGAUUGCUUUUUACAGUUGUUGUCACUGAGGAUCCUGAAGAAAUCCUGGGAGAGCCUUGUGAAAAGCCAAAUGCCUGCACGGAAGCCCAAUUCAGAGAGAGCAAGACAAAUCACGGAGUGUGAGUCCCAACCGGUGAAGUUCGAAAAGGCAUCCUAACUUAUCAUAUAUUUAUGCAAUCAAGAAUGAUUCAAAUUCCAGAAGGGGCUGUAAAAAGUUCGAAGCAAGCGUUUUUCUCUCGAAAGACCGAGGAGUCUGCCUUCGAAGUUGUAGCAAAAAUUGUUGGUGAAAAUCAUUUUUUCCAGUACUUGUACUGUGUCCGAGCAAGUUGAGAGCGGGUCAACCGGAAGACAAAGACUAUCGCCAUUGUAAUGGGGAAGCCGAUGAAGUAAAGAACAGUGACAUCGGAUUGGUCUGUUGUGGUGAGUAUAGAUCAAUAAGAGAAGUAUUCAGAGAAAGAGGUUCGAAAUUUCACUGCAAAGUACUGAAUAAUGAAGAUAAAAAGGAGGAGAAAAUAACUUAUAGAAGUAGUUAUUCAAUAAAACGCACUUCUGAUUCUUGGACUUUAUACAGACACAAACCUGUUGCGCUACGGCGCGCCCGCUUAAAAGAAAGAUAGCAAGUAGUAACAAUGAAGUAAAAAAAUAGAAAUAAACUUAUUUUUUUCAAAAAAUACUGUGGCAAUGUUGACUGCUCAUAUUUUACUUUUUUUACUGAGAGUUUGAAACUUGAGGCGUUUUUCAGCACCACCGGUCUCAGUCACACUAUACUAUUCUUCCGUGGACUUUGAAGAAAAGAUUCCCCGAGGUUAUGACAAAAUGCGCGCGAGCAGUUUCUGCGACAACAGCCAAUCGUGCAAGGCAGACGAAUUUUGCGACAACUCUGCCAACUAUUACAAUGGACCUGGUGUCAAGGACGACUCGGGACCCAACGGCACUCCGUUGCGGUUUUGUUACAAAGGUCUAACGAGUAGAAAAAGAUGGUAUCCUAUCUCGAAAUUUAUUUCAGUUCCCAUCGAAAAUUUUAUUACCUACGAAAAUAAUGAGAAGAAGUUUUGUGUAAAAAACGCCGAAUGUGGUCGGGGCAGCGUUUGUGAAAAGCUGGUUGAAUAUUCCCCAAGACCUCUCGUUGCGUUUUGCGCAAAAGGUUUGUUUCAAAAAAAAAAAGGAUGUAUAGUCUACACGGCUUUCCAAAAGGGAACUCGCAAGCGAGCCGAUGAGGCGUGUCUUUUUAACCGCGCCCUUGCGUUCGUUGGAGCGUACUUGCGCAACAGUUUUUGA